CUUUAACUUUCAAACGAUUAACAUUUAAAAGCGGAACAAAAUAAUUAAUUAAAUAACUAAAGUACAACAAGAAAAGAAAAGAAAUAUUUGUUUAAAGAUAAAACAUGUCUGAUAAAGAAGAAAGUUAUAUACAAAUGGAGGAUCCACUCCAGCCGGCUACCACACUGACUUCGAAUAGUAGUAGCGAGGAACAUGUUGAGAUGAAUGUAUUAAAUGGUGUUGAAGGUGGUGGCGCUGUUGUAGGCGAACUAACCAAACGUGGUAGCAGUAGUAGUGAACGUAAUUUACCGCUACGCAGUUAUAGUAAAUGGUCACCCAGUGAACAGGGCGCAACCAUAGUAUGGCGCGAUCUUUGUGUCUAUACAGCCGGUGAACAAGGCACAUCGGCGAGUUUGUAUAAUAUGAAACGUAUUAUAAAUAAUUCAAAUGGUGCUGUACAGCCGGGAAAUUUAAUGGCCUUAAUGGGUUCAAGUGGUUCAGGAAAAACAACAUUAAUGUCUGUACUUGCAUAUCGCCAACCAGUUGGUACCGUCGUUCAAGGUGAUAUUCUUAUCAAUGGCCGACGUAUAGGACCAUUUAUGCAUCGCAUAAGUGGUUUUGUUUAUCAAGAUGAUUUAUUUAAUGGAUCACUUACCGUGGCAGAACAUAUGCACUUUAUGGCUCUCUUACGUUUAGAUCGCCGUGUUAGCAAGCAGGAACGUAAACUUAUAAUACAAGAUCUUUUGGAACGUACAGGUCUAUUGGGUGCUUCUAAUACACGUAUUGGUUCGGGAGAUGAUGAAAAAGUGUUAUCGGGUGGUGAACGUAAACGUUUAGCUUUUGCUGUCGAAUUGUUAAAUAAUCCAGUGAUAUUAUUUUGUGAUGAACCCACCACUGGUUUGGAUUCUUAUAGCGCCCAGCAGUUGGUGCAAACUCUAUACGAUUUAGCCAAAAAGGGUACUACUAUCUUAUGCACCAUACACCAGCCGUCUUCACAAUUAUUUGAUAUGUUUAAUAAUGUUCUCUUUUUGUCGGAGGGCAGAGUGGCCUUUACUGGUUCACCACAAAAUGCUUUGGAUUUUUUUGCUCAAAAUGGUUAUAGAUGUCCAGAGGCCUAUAAUCCGGCCGACUAUUUAAUAGGUGUACUAGCCUCCGAUCCAGGUUAUGAAAAGGCUUCCCAAAGAUCAGCUCAAUAUUUGUGUGAUCUAUUCGCUGUAAGUUCUGCAGCCAAACAGAGGGAUAUGUUGGUAAAUUUGGAAAUACAUAUGGCUGAAAGUGGUGAUUAUCCUUUUGACAAGGAAGUGAAUUCAUUUCGUGCUGCUUCUUGGUAUUUAAAAUUACAUGUUAUCUGGUAUAGAUACACACUGACACUACUGCGUGAUCCUAAACUACAGUGGCUGAGAUUCUUUCAGAAAAUGGCCAUGGCCAUUAUAAUAGGUGCCUGUUUUGCCGGUACCACGGUAUUAGAUCAAAUGGGUGUUCAAGCCGUACAGGGUACACUCUUUGUAAUGAUUUCUGAAAAUACUUAUCAUCCCAUGUAUUCGGUGUUGAAUGUCUUUCCUCAAGGAUUUCCAUUAUUCAUGCGUGAAACACGUUCUGGCAUGUAUUCCACAGCUCAGUAUUAUAUUGGCACUAUAUUGGCUAUGCUGCCGGGCAUGAUUAUAGAACCAUUUCUAUUUGUUGUCAUUUGUUAUUUUAUCGCUGGCUUAAGACCAACAUUUUAUGCAUUUGCUAUAACAGCCAUAGCUGUUGUACUGGUGAUGAAUGUGGCUACAGCAUGUGGUUGUUUCUUUUCGACGGCCUUCGAUUCGGUACCACUGGCCAUGGCAUACUUGGUGCCGGUCGAUUAUAUAUUCAUGAUAACAUCUGGCAUCUUUAUUCAAAUCAGUACAUUGCCUAUAGCAUUUUAUUGGACACAAUUCUUAUCAUGGAUGUUGUAUGCAAAUGAAGCCAUGACUGCUGCCCAAUGGACUGGUAUUACAAAUAUCACUUGCUUCGAAGAAAGUGAAAAUUUGCCAUGUUUUCAUACGGGUCAAGAUGUUCUAGAUAAAUACAGUUUUAAAGAAACCAAUAUCUUUCGUAAUCUCUUGGCUAUUGUUGGUAUUUACUUUGGAUUUCAUAUCUUGGGCUAUUAUUGCUUGUGGCGUAGGGCGCGCAAGAUAUAAGAGAAAAAGUUUAUGCUGCCGAAGACUUUCUGGUUAUACAUAUUUAUAAAAUUUUAAGAACAAUUAAAGGAUAAAGAAUUUAAGUCUAUGUGUAUUUGUGUAUUAAAUAAAUUUACAUAUGUA